CUUAGGUUGCUGCUAACAGGUAGAUGUAGAGAAAAGUCUUUAUUUGAGCCAACAAAUGCCGCUCAAACACGAGGUGAAAUGAGUUCAGCCUCGGCUGUAGAAAAAGCGGCUGGUUUACUGUUCCCUGCGUUAGUCGCUAGGUGGCAGUAGAAGUCCAGUUUGUGGGGGAUUAGCGAGGUCGUGCAGCCAGUCAGUCAUCCUUCUGCAGCCUCGAUGCUGCUUUAUUCUACAACAGCACAACACAUAAUAAUAUCAAGCGCGAAACAUGAAAUGGCAGUCAAAGGCAAAGCUGUCGACUCCAAGACCGUGCUCCUCAACCUGCUGCUGUGUCUACUCAUAUUUUACUCUCUCUUCUACAUGAUUGGGAGUGUGUGCUUUGGUGCCUUCAGGUUGGAUCACUUUGAUGGAAUGAUUCCAUUUGACUUUAAGACCGAACCUGCUGAAUCCAACUCCAAAUACUUGGUGAACCUCCUGUCCUUGGAGCUCACCUACUUUUGCAGUGGCCUUUUGUUUGCUGCGGUUGUGAGAAGACGAGUGUGGGACUACGCCCUCACUGUAACGCUGGUGCACGUGGCGAUCACCAGCCUUGUGAUGUUGGAGUUUCCCAUGGUGUGGCAGUGGUGGCUUGCUUUAGGUAGCGGCUUGUUUCUGAUGAUCUGCAAUGGUCAGCUCAUCGCUUACUUUACCUGCCAGAGUGAACAGAACUACGUCUCCUUCAGCAUCUACUGACGAGACAGAAAAUAACUGUGAUUCACCAGUUUCAUUCAAAGUCUUGUGAGGUGGAGUAUGAGGAAUCUGACUACGUCCUGUCACAUUUUCCAUGGUUCUGAACUGUAUCUGUGAGGUACUGGGAAAACAAAUCAAACAUAAUGUCAGACCUACGUCGACUUUGUUGUAGUUAGAGUUUUUAUAAUAGAUUUUUCUAGUAAAAUGCCCUAAGGAGAUGUUCUGUGUACAACAGUCAGGACUUUACCACAGCCAGUAAAGUAUUUUCAGCACCGUAUUAUCAAGCUGUGAAUGUAAAAGCUGAAUGGGAAUGUUGCAAUGGAAUGUUGUAAUUCAAAGAUUGAUAUAAAUGUGAAGUGUUGAACAAUGAAACUGCUUUGAAUGAAGUGUUUAUUGUUUAAUCCCCUCACACAUGUAAGAAAUGCAGACUUGUGAAGUAGUGACCAGCCUAUUUCACAUUAUAAACCCGUAA